ACUCAGAUGUAGAAGUAGACGUGCACUGAGAGCAUCCUGUUUCUGUGCGUAACGAUGCUGACGAGACUGCUUCUGCUUUUUUGUCUGACAGGGCAUGUGUUUGCCAAAGAACCGCCUGAUGUGGACUGUUUGGUGGUGCACCUGAAAUAUGUUCACUGUAACUGGAAUAAGCAUGGGACUCCAGAGGUCAAUUACACCUUCACCGGCUGGUUUCACGGUGACAAAGUAAUCACUGAGUGCCCCACCUAUCUGUCAGAGAACAACACAAACACUGGAUGUAACCAGCCCUAUGAUGACCCAGUCAAGAGGUUCAACACGUUUUACACCAGACUGGAACACGGCGGAAAAAAAAUUCAGAGGGAGCAUUUUCUUAAAUCCAAAGUCAAGUUAAAUCCACCAACCAACGUGACUGUCAAGAAUGGAUCUGACUCUAACCUGUGGCUCAGCUGGAUCCAGAUUUUUCCUAACUGUGUGGAGAGUGAAGUUCGCUACAGGAUCAACAACAGAAAUUGGGGGACACCUUCUCCCGCCAGCACUGGGACGCAGAGUUACUGCAUCAACUUGCCCAUCCGCAAUUACCGGUAUGAGCUUCAAGUACGGAGCAGAGUGUGGUCCGGCUGUGGGCAGUCUGAUUUCUGGAGUGAAUGGAGUGAGCCUGUGGUCUGGGGAUCUAACAACGGCACAGUAACGAAUCAAAUGAACAAUUCAAUGUCUGUGUGGAGCGCAGUGCUGGGUGUGGUGGGUGCUUUCAUCCUCAUCCUGCUGGUUAUGAUGCUGCUGCACCAUGAAAGAAUCAGAAUCAUCUUCAUCCCUGUGGUUCCCAAGCCACCACUGAAGCUUCACAACACUGAGGAUUGGUUUGAGUUCCCCAAAGGCCUGAAAGAGAGUUUUAACUACAACGAGCAUCCCUGUUCUGUCCGUGAGUACUGCCAUGUCCCCCAGUCUGACAGCGAGAGCUCCGACUGCUCCUCCUGCUCCGCCAACACCGACCAAACCGACUGCUCCGUCACUAUCCCUGUGAACUAAUCAGACCUGUCCACCCCCUGCUCCUCCUCUACCUCCACAGUUCCAGUCAAGACUGAGGAGGAGAGACAAGGUUUUGUUUAGGAGGCAAGCUUAUUAUACCAAAAAUAAUAACUCUGAACCACAUCAUCUAUAUAUCACUUUUUAAUGGUGAAAUGCAGUUCAAAGUUACUUUUGAAAACAUGCUUUAAGGUAUAAAUAGAUAUAUGGAAUCAUCAACCACUUGGAGGCAACAACAUUUACUAUUCCGCAGAGUUUUCACUUUGUGGUUUUUUUAGUUCACUACACUGGAACAAAUCAAAGUUCCCCUUACAUAUCAGCAAAGGCACAUUUAAAUUUCCACUUCCUCUGAUCCCUCACAAUCCCUGAUGUCAGUUUAACAGUAAAAUCCUUAAAAAGUCAACACCCAUCAGUUUGUCCUCAAACGUAAAGGUUAAUGUGAGAGAGAGACAAAUAUUUCAUACUUUAUCAUUACUGUUAUCAAUCCAAAUCCUAGUUUAUCUAUGUUGAUAACAGGGAUGUAGCAUCAGCAGGACUUAAUUCCUUAGUUACAGUACGAUAUGAAUGUAAAACCAUUGUAUUCUUUAUUUUUUCUCUUUAUCUCCAACUGUGAAGUUUUAUUCUUCUGCCUAAAUCCAGCUUAGCAAUAUUGUUCUUAUGUAUAUCGAUGUAUGUGUACAUUUUUCAUAGAUUUAAAAGGUAUACAAUGCAGGAAUUAUGGGAAAGCUAGCCCCAGACUAGUGUUUCGCUAUACUUGCAUUUUAUAUUGUUGUUGUUUUUGGCACUGUAUCCGUGAUUUUUGUAGUUUCCUUCUCGAAGCUGCUCACAGUCUUUGACCUGGAUGCUACCUUUCUAUUUAGUCCCGACCUUACCUCCACACUCUGCCUAGGAACAUCCUGAACAAAACAAAAUGAGAAGGAAAAUAAGAAAAUACAGUCAGAGAGCGAAGUCUCUGCAGAUAAGUACACCGCCUCACACUCUAAUGGGUCAUAAGUGAUGAUUUAGGGGGAUAUGAGUCUAUGCACUGUUUUUUAAGAACACCCUGCAUGGUAUACCUACAACCUUUUGUACGAUAUUUUGCAAUGAAACACAUAUAUCACAAAAUAUACUAGUUUAUACAGUAUACUGCACUAGGAGUGCUUCACAGCUUCACAGACUCUGGCAAUUACACAUUUCAAAUAUUUUCGAUCUCAUACCAUGUGACCUUGACUCUCUUCUGUUUGACUAUUACAGUAAAACAUUUUAAUGGUUGAUUGGCAGUUCAUUCAAACUUGUAACUGAAAAUGGCUUGUUUAAGAUGCAUGCUUGUGUGUUCUGUAAAUUGAGAUUGAGUGUUGGUUUCACACUGAUAAAAUCUAAUAUCCCAGUUGUUUGGGCAAAAUACAAUAU